CGAAAUUUCUCGCUGUAUUGUCUCCACUUGGUUUAACUCAAUAUGGUUGCGCAAAAGAGAAAAGCCAUGGUCGAUGAGCCAGCAACCAGCUUACUGUCUUCCACCGAGGAGGUCAAUUUUCCUCGUGGAGGUGCAAGUGCUCUUUCUCCUUUGGAACAUCGAGAAAUUGCCAAUAAAGCAGCCCAAGAUCUCUUUACAACGUCGCCCGAAAAGCAGACCGAAACCACUACCGAGACGGUCACGAAAAAACGUCGUCCCAAUAAGAACAAGAAGAAACCAGCACCCAAAGAGACUUCUUCCAACGAACCCAAAUUGAAGCCCAUUGAAUUGCUCACUUUCAAGCAACUUACCGAGGGCGCUUUGUUACUUGGAUGCAUUUCACACAUUAGCGAUCUUGAGCUUAUUGUGGCCUUGCCACAACAGCUCACGGGUGUUGUACCCAUCACCGAGAUCUCCGAUCCUAUUACUACUCGCGUGGAAUUAGCAGCCAAUGCCGAGGAAGACGAAGAAAAAGACGACGACGACGACCAGUCGGAACUUCCUGAUUUAAAGGAACUUUUCCACUUGGGUCAGUGGGUCCGCUGUCGUGUGAUCUCGGUAGCCGACGGUGAAUCAGACAAUCAAAAGAAGCGAAUCGAGCUUAGUUUGAAACCUGAGAAGGUGAAUGCUGACAUUGCCAAAGUGGAUGUGACGACGGGCAUGACAUUGGGUGCCUACGUUCAAAGUGUGGAAGAUCACGGUUAUAUUUUAUCGCUUGGUUUGAAAGACUUGACCGGCUUUUGCAACAAUGCCGAGGCGAAGACCUACAUUGAAAAAUAUAACCGUGGUCAAGAGCUUGUUCCCGGACAAUUGGUGGAAUGCAUGGUGACGAAAAAAUCCGGCAACAAGCGUACCGUGACCGUUACUUUGGAUCAUAAAAAGCUGGCCAAGGGCGUUCUCGAGGAACCAUGCUCACGUAUCGCUUCGCUGAUCCCAGGUCAAUUGGUGGAAGGUGUAGUGGAGACCGUCCAAGCGAAUGGCGUGAUUGUCAAAUUCAUGGGGUUAUACCAAGCUACAAUCAGCGUUUCUCACAUGCCAGCGGGCACCAAUGUGGAAGAAAGCUACAAGAUUGGUCAAAAGGUCCAAUUCCGUAUUCUCUAUAGUAUUCUCAAUGUGGAUCAGAAGAAAAUCGCUGGUUCCGUUUUGCAGCACGUGCUUAGCCUUGACAGUCCCAUUCUCGCGGCCGGCAAACAAUCACAGCAAUAUGUCAGUGAAGCUUUCCCCUACGGCACAUUUUUGGAUAAUGUCACUGCUUGCCGUGUCACCAAAGUCGGCGUGUAUGUGACCAUCCAAGGUCUGGAAGGCGUGGCUGGUUUUAUUCACAUUUCGCGUCUCGCCGAUGAGCAAGUUCCCAGCAUUUCCGCCAACAACGGUCCCUAUAAAUUGGGCUCCACUCAUCGUGCUCGUGUCUUGGGCUAUAAUCCUGUGGAUGCCAUGUUCUUGUUAACGAUCCAACCGAGUGUCUUGGCUGAGAAGUUCUUGCGUAUUGAAGAUAUUGAAGUUGGCAGUGUCAUCGAAGCGACGGCACAGAAGCUCGUGGAUAGCGGCUUGAUUGUCAACAUUUCCCGUUCCAUGACUGCUUUGGUUCCUACCCAUCACUUGUCCGAUGUGAAGUUGUCGCACCCCGAAAUCAAGUUCAAGCCGGGUGUUAAAGUUCGUGCGCGCGUUAUGCUCACCAAUGCGGCCAAGCGCAAGGUACUCCUGACCUUGAAGAGAUCAUUGAUUGACAGCGAAUUGCCCCUCAUCAAGGACAUGAAAGAUGUACAACCAGGCAUGAUCAGCCAUGGUGUGAUUGUCUCGCUCCGAAGCGUGGGUUGUGUCGUUGGAUUCUACAACAACAUCACCGCGUUUGCUCACAUCAGCGAAAUGACCGAAACCACGGUGCGCAAUAUUGCCGAUGUCUUCCACGUCGGCCAGACCGUGAAAGCUCGCGUGAUCAAUGUGGAUGCUGAAAACAACAAGAUGCAAGUCUCCUUCAUCAACAAGAAGAAGGAAAAGAAGGAGAAGAAAGAAGCCAAAGCCCAAGCCGUUGAUGAAGAAACGAAACCUGGCAAGCUCGUGCAAGUCACCAUCAAGGAAAUCAAAAAGACACAACUCAAUGUAUCGUUGCCCAAUGGCAUGGUGGGCCGUAUUCAUAUUACCGAGAUCUACAAAGACAUGGACUCUAUUCAGAACAAGCGUCAUCCCUUGCGUCGUUUCCGCAGCGGCACUCAAGUGGAAGCCCGCAUUCUCGGUGUUCGCGAUGUGAAGUUGCACACGUAUUUACCCAUUUCCAACACUAGCAAGACCAAGCAGACCAUUGAAUGCUCUCUUUUGGAUGCCAGCGAUGGCUAUCAACCUCCUCGCGAUAUCCGCAACGUCAAGGCUGGAGAGUCUUAUAUUGGUUUCAUCGGAGGUUUCGAGAAAGAGCAUGCCCUUGUUCAUAUUGGUGCCCAUACAACCGGUAUUAUUCCAAAGCAGUAUAUCUCGAGCGACCCUGCAUUGGCGAACGACAUGACGAAACAUUUUAUUAUUGGCCAAGCCAUCAAGGUGGCCGUUUUGAAUGUCGAUGCGGGCAAAAAGUCAUUAAAGAUGAUGCAUCAAGAUACCGACGAUACCCAGGUCAUUGAUGAUUUCGACUCGUUGAGCAAAGGACAAGUCGUGAGUGGUGUUAUCCGCAAGGUCGAUGAACAGCACGGUUUACUGGUGGGUUUGAACAAAAAGAUGGCCGGCAAAGUGCAUCGCACGGAUUUGUCGGACACCUUUACCGAUGAUCCUACAGCCGGAUUCAAAGUGGGUCAGGUGGUCCGUUGUGCUGUGAUCUCCAUCGAUGCCAAGAACAAGCGUGUCGAUUUGUCUCUGCGAGCUUCCCGUCUUGAAUCUGGAGUGGUACCCAAGAAUCCUGAAAUCCAGUCCGUUGAAGAUGUCAAGGAAGGACAAAUCUUGCAAGGUUACGUGGAGAACAUUGUGGAUGCCGGUGUCUUUGUCGGUUACGGUCGCCAAAUCCGCGCUCGUGUGAAGAUUGCCAAUUUGUCGGAUGCGUUCGUGAAGGAGUGGAAAGAGAUUUAUCAUGUGGGCCAACUCGUCACUUCCAAGGUGCUUCAAGUGGAUGUUAAUGUGAAGCGCAUCGAAGCUUCGUUGAAGAAGAGCGUGGUGGAAGGUAUUGCUUUGCCCAAGAAGCGUAAAGCAAGUGAAGAAGAGGAGGAAGCCGCCAUCAUUGAUAGCGAAGACGAAGAAAUGGAAGAUGCGUCAGAAAGUGAAAGUGAUGAGGCCUCCGAAGAUGAACAGAUGGAGGGUCAGGAAGAAGAUGAUGACGAAGAUGAAGAAAUGGAAGAAGCUCAGGAAGAGAAUGAGGAAGACGAAGAGGAGGAAGAAGAAGAAGAAGAUACCGAAGCUCCUGCGCUGUCAUUGAGUGGAUUUGAUUGGACUGGACAAACCGCCACGACCACUGAAAAGCAAGACUCUUCAGAUGAAGAAGAGGAAUCUGCAGACGAAGAAGAGGAAGCCACCAGCAAGUCCAAGAAACCCAAACAAAAAAAGGAAGUGGUCGACAAGACGGCAGAAUUGUCUACAGCUACUCCCCAAUCCGCCGCCGACUUUGAACGUGUGUUGGUGGGAUCGCCCAAUUCAUCGUUCGUGUGGAUCAAUUACAUGGCGUACCAACUUCGUUUAUCGGAAAUUGCUAAAGCGCGUGAAAUUGGUGAACGGGCCUUGAAGACGAUCAAUUUCCGUGAAGAGCAAGAAAAGCUGAACGUGUGGGUGGCUAUGCUGAACUUGGAAAAUAACUUUGGCAGUGAAGAAACACUCGACGAAGUAUUCAAGCGUGCCUUGAUCUAUAACGAACCAAAAAAAGUGUAUUUGCAACUGGCUAGUAUAUACGAACGCAGCAAGAAGGACGAUAAAGCAGAGGCUUUAUGGCAGGAAAUGACUCGCAAAUUCAGUCAAUCCUCCAAGGUCUGGACGCUGUUUGGUCUGUUCUGUUUAAAACGGGAUAACGUUGAAGGUGCUCGCGAAUUAUUACAGCGAAGCUUGAAGUCGUUGCCCAAGCAUAAACAUGUCAAAACCAUUGUAAAGUUUGCGCAGAUGGAAUUCAAGCAUGGCGAAGCCGAGCGAGGCCGAACCAUCUUUGAGGGCGUGAUGGGUAACUAUCCCAAACGUGUUGAUUUAUGGAACGUUUACCUUGAUCAAGAAAUUCGUGCUGGAGAUCAGGAAAUCAUCAGACGAUUAUUCGAGCGUGUUACCGCGAUGAAGUAUUCAUCCAAGAAGAUGAAAUUCUUGUUCAAGAAAUGGCUUCAGUAUGAGAAGCAGCAUGGCUCCGAAGACGAUGUAGAGCGCGUCAAACAGAAAGCACUGGCAUAUGUUGAAAGCAAAAGCAACUAAUUAGAACUUCAUUUUCAAUUUUUUCUUAUCAUCCAUCCUCAUUAAAGAUUUUUUUGUUUAUCUCUGUUUUUCUACAAAUCGGGAGACG